AGGGUCCCCUGGCUGCGCCUGCGCGAACCCCCUUCUCCUCCCCCUCAGCCGCACCGCCGAUCUCCUCCUCCCACCCUCCCCAUCAAGCCCCUUUCCUUCCCUCGCUCGCUAUUUCUCAUCCUGCGAAAGAAAUAGAAGAUCCAAGACCUGGUGGACGGAAUACUAGCGGCGUCCUCAAUCCAAAGAACUCGGCUCUCUCUCCCUCUCUCUCUCUCGCGCACACACGCGCGUCAAGAUAAUAUACUGUCUAUCUGCACACACCGAGAUCAUAAUGCAUUGGAUGGAGAGGGUGUCUCCGGGCGGCAGCUUGCGUGGAUCUUGCUACUCCUAGCUCGGAUAGCGGUGCCACGGAGAGGCGGACGGAGGGAGAACGAGCCUUGAACAACUCUGGACGCUCUGACCUCGAGGGCUGUGAUAAGAAAUGGCUUUGGGGAACAACACGCAGCGAAGUUACUCCAUCAUCCCAUGCUUCAUCUUCGUCGAGCUCGUCAUUAUGGCUGGGACAGUCCUGCUCGCCUACUACUUUGAGUGCACAGACACUUUCCAAGUGCACGUCCAAGGCUUCUUUUGCCAAGAUGGAGACCUGAUGAAACCUUACCCAGGAACGGAGGAUGAAAGCUUCAUACCCCCUCUCGUCCUUUACUGUGUGCUGGCUGCAACCCCAACAGCAAUUAUUUUUAUUGGUGAGAUAUCCAUGUACUUCAUCAAGUCAACCAGAGAAAGCCUGAUUGUCCAGGAGAAAACCAUUUUGACAGGAGAAUGCUGUUACCUGAAUCCGUUACUUCGGAGAAUUAUUCGAUUUAUAGGAGUGUUUGCUUUUGGCCUUUUCGCCACCGACAUAUUUGUAAAUGCUGGCCAGGUGGUGACAGGGAACUUGGCCCCCUAUUUCCUGACUGUGUGUAAACCCAACUACACUGGGAGUGACUGCCGGGCUCACCUCCAGUUUGUGAACAAUGGGAAUGUCUGCACCGGUGACCAAGAUGCGAUUGAGAAGGCAAGGAGGUCCUUUCCAUCGAAACAUGCUGCUUUAAGCAUUUAUUCAGCCUUAUAUGCUACAAUGUACAUCACAAGCACAAUCAAGACGAAAAGCAGUCGACUCGCCAAGCCUGUCUUGUGCCUGGGGACUCUUUGUGCCGCCUUCCUUACUGGGCUCAACCGAGUUUCUGAGUAUCGAAACCACUGUUCGGACGUCAUUGCAGGCUUCAUCUUGGGAAGUGCAGUUGCUCUUUUCCUGGGAAUAUGCGUGGUUCAUAAUUUCAAAGGAACACAUGGAGCUCCUUCUAAAUCAAAGCCCGACGAGCAACGAGGAAUGCCCCUGAUGGCGUUUCCCAGAGUGGAAAGUCCUUUGGAGACGUUGAGUGCACAGAAUCAUUCUGCCUCUAUGACUGAAGUAACCUGAUCUGAAAGAUGGCAAAAGAAGCUAUUUUUUAUCGCCCUCCGGUACACAAUACUCCCACAACGACACACAGUUAUGCUAAUUGUCAAAACUGUGAUGACCAGUAUUAUGUUAUGUCUAGUUAGAAGCUAAUGUUUUGUACAUUUUUGUAUGAGGAAGUGAUGUAGCUCACCCUGGAAUCCCCCUCCUUCCACUUUUUUGGUCAGCUUUAAUAUAUUUAUGCCAGAAUUUAAGACAAAAGGGAGGAGGGGGGAACAAAAAUUAAAACAAAAAAAAGCGAGAGACCUUUUCUUGUUUUAAAAUGUGUUCUGAGGCACUACAUCUUUGGGGAUUGUUGAUGUUUUGUGAGAUUUGUACACAGACCUUUUUCGGUUUUGUUUUAUAUACAAUAAAUUAAAUGAGAAUUAUAAUACUAAUUCACUUUUAACAUUUUGUUACCAGGGAAAAUGCUUCCAGUAAAUGAAAGGUUAUUGCUGGCGCAACUCUGUGGUACUUUAAUGAAGUUACCCCAGAGUUUCCACAGCAUGGCCGGGAUCUAAACCUUUAGGCUAUUGAUGAUGAGAAAUAUGUAUUUUCUGAGUCCUGAUUCAGCAUGGUAAGAACAUGAGGACUAGCCUGCUGCAAAGUUUUACUCUUCCUGAAUAAGUCCCAUGGAUGUGCACGGGAGUUGAGCACAAGAACUCUGAGCUGCAUUGCAGGAUUCCUAUACAUCUCCAUGGAACUUCCUCAGGAAAUUGACACAGCAGGUGCACGAUUGUGAGAUCUUCAGGUAGCUUCCUCCAGACUGCUUUCCUUGGGCCUAGGGUCCUCUUUAUGUGCAAUCCACACACUGCCUUGUGGCUUUUUUUUCCUGUAGUCUUCCCAGCACCUGCUCCCGACAAGGGCUUCCUCACAGGAGCCCACAGACAAAUGACUCUUAAAAUUUAAAAAUAAAUAAAACAUAACACAGCCUUUGGAGCCAUUACCGUGGAAAUUAUAGAGAAAGCCCAGAUGCACAAAUGCUUGCCUUGUGCAUUGCCUUUAAGAGCACUGCCAUGGAUUCCAUGAAUAAGUGACGGCAGUUUAUGGCCAAUGGCUAAAUGUUAAGACCCCCCAGCAUUCAAUGAGAAUGUUGCCAAACUGAGAGCUUAGUGAAUUUGUUUGAGAGGACCAUUGUGCUGGUUGCACUCAAAUAGCCAGCACAAUAUUGUUCGCGUUUUUAUACAGAUUUUUUUGAUAGAGCCACAAGUUGGGAAGGAAACCCUAAACUGUUAUUGCAGUCGCAGGCCAAAGAACGAUGGUCUACACAAUAUGCUUAAGUCCAGCUCGGUGCAUAUUUUAUAUAUCUAUAUCUAUAAAGACAUGCUUCUUAAGACUUGUCUCCUAAGGAUCAUAAAAACUUCAUGUAGGAAACUUCACAGACAUGUUCAUCCGACCACAGAGUUCUACCAAAUUUGCAUCUUCGCUGUGAAAUGGACAAUGUGUGUAAUCCUUCCUUUGUGACAUUUGCAUGCAUUUUAAAGACAUGGAUAACUUUGGGAGUGGCACCGACCCUUGGACCGAAAUAUCUCUGACCCUUCGGCGCACAUGGAAUCCUGCCCACUGCAAGGUGCAUCGCAAAGGGGCCCCCCUAAAAAAAAAUUGGUCUGGAAGGUUUGAAGCCAUCACUGUGGUUCCACCUAGUGUUUUGUAAUAGGAGUGUAAAUGUUUCAUUGCUGCAUUAGCGCAUCAUAUAACCGCCUAGAAAGGAGCCUUAGGCUAAUUUGUUUCUCUGUUCCACUGGUGCUAAUAUAAAGUAACACCAUUCAUGCUUUUGACGUGAGUGGGGAAUUGGAUCCCAGCACUGGAAGCUUCCUACCUAUGAGUAACGAAAGCUAGAGGGACUUUAAGACGUAAAGAGAUGGGAGCGUUUGUGGCCACGCUUCUUCCUAGCGCUGGCUGCAUUUGUGUGGCAGUUUAUUCUGCUUGCCCAAGGUUUCCCUAAUCUUUAGUUUCCACAUGGUAUGUGAGCUUUCACGCAACAGUAAAAGCCAGCUCUGGAAAUCUACUGGAAGUUUAGCAAUGUCCGGAGGGAAAAAAUCCUCUUGCAACCCCACUAACCCAGGAAAUUGUGGGGGUCAAAUGAUUAAAUUUGGGGCAGUAUACCAGCAUGCAGUUCUUUCCGGCCAUUUUUACGGGUGGAUCAUGGGCAGCUUUCCUUGCUUGUAGGGAGGGAGCCUUCAAAACUCUCACCAGGCGUAACUUGGCUGCUUCGUACAUGGUAAUUAUGUGUGUGACCCAGUUCUUAAAUCCUAAUAUAUCUGGGCAUGCCUUUCCCAUAGAAGUGCCUGCCUAGUCACCAUAAGAACAGGCAAUGUCUACCUUCCGUGAGUCCUACCGUGAUGCAUUUGUAUCCAAAACUGGUUUUCCACUUUGCACAGUAUUAUUGUUAACAGAGUAAAAGAAUACAAAAGGGGCCAGUUUGCUGGUCGAUCUUCUUUGUCCUAGGGCUUUCCUGCUGCAUCUCAUUUAUUUUCUAUAGCAUGGUGAUAACCAAUAGAGUGUUUCCUUUGAGGAAUGGAGCCUCUCUUCUGUACUUUUGCUGAAAUGUCUACCAUGUUGGUUCUUGGGUUUUUGUAUAAACUUUUUUUCCAAAAGAGAUUGAAAGAAAAAAAAAAUACCUUAUCACAAAACUCUUUGCAUCAGGGCUUUGUCAUUUGUUCUA